UCACGGGGCUGCCAUAACGGUUCGGCUCCGCUCCGGCGCGGCGCCUGCGCCCCACUGGCCUGGGUCGCUGCGCCCCAGAGCUUCCGCAUGUCAUGUCCCGGCUGCGCCUCUGGGCCCCACUGCUCCUCCUCACGUGGCAACCACUGUGGCUGCUGGUCCAGGCAGCUCAGCCUCCGGAGUGGGCCCUGGACCCUGCCCAGCUGACCGACUUCCUAGGGCCCACCGAGCCCUGGUCUUCGCACUCCUCUGAACUCCCGCCCGAAUCGCCCCAGGCACUUACACCCCCAGCAGAGCCGGGGGGCUUUAAAUACUUGGGGUCCUCUGCUCCAGUCCAGAUGUUGGCCCCGCCUAAGGAAUUGACUGAGACUUUGGUUCCGUUCCCGGACACGGAUUCAGUUGGCGAGCUGACCCCAGAGGCAGAUCAGGAUCUGAAUGACAAGCUAACCCAGCAUGAAAGGCUCCCGGAGGUGGCUCCAAGGCUAGGUUGGGAUCAGAAUCAGACCAUAGCUCUGCCUCUUGGACUCAAAAGUAAGAUUAAAGUUGUAGGUUUGGAUCAGGCUGAAGAUCACCAAUCAUUUGAAAUACUUGUUCCACCUCUGGAUGUUCAGAGUUCAAAGCCAACACAGUUUAUUGUUUCACCCCCAAACCUGGAGGAAGAUCUUGUUCAGCAUCGAAGGCUUGCCAAAGUCAUUGUUGGAACUCCAAACCAACUUGCAAAUAAAGAGCUCCUAGAACAGCUGCAGGAUGAUGAUUCAGAUUCCAGUAUGGAUAUCCUAUAUCCUGGGGAGAACCUACCAGUGGAUUUCCCGGGGCAACCAGAACAACCUCCAAAUCUCCCUGAGGAGGCUGAAAUUUCCCCACUCCUGCAGGAAACCCAAAAUCAUCUACAGUUCCCUGAGGAAGCUGAAUCUAUUUUGCCUCAGGUGGAGGCCCAGGCCCAACAUCCAGACACAACUGAAGAGGUUGAACCUUCUUCAGUCCGUCAGGAAGCUUCAGCUCAACCUACAGAGGCCCCUGAGGAAGUAGAACCUUCGACCCCUCAGGAGGCCCCAGCUCUGCCUCCAGAGUCCUCUACAGAUGUUGUAUCUCAGCCUCCACUACAUCAUGAGGUGACAUUCUCACCUUUAGGUCCCGGUAAAGCUCAGUAUCCACUGUUGCCCAAUAUCACAGUUAAACCUACAGAUCAGGAGGUUUCCAUAACUCCACCUUCAGAGCCCCCUAAUGAGGCAGAAUCUUCUUCAACCCAGCAGGAGGCCCCAGCUCAGCCUCCUGAGAAGGUAGAACCAUCUCCACAUUCUACAGCCCUGCAGCAGACUCUAACUCUUCCAGAGGACCCCGUGGUGACAAUUCCACAUCCAGAGCAUGUUCAGGCUCAGCAACCAAAUUUGACUGAAGUCACUGUUCAACCUUUAGACCUGGAGCUUACUGUAACUCCAGAACCCACUACAGAGACGGAAACUUCUCCAACCACGCAAGAGACCCCAACUCAGCCUCCAGAGCUACCUAAGGAGGACUUGGGGCUUACCAUUACUCCAGAACCUAUUACAGAGGCUGAACAUUCUACAACCAUGAAGAAGACUACACCUUCUCCAAAGGACCUUGAGGUGACACCUGCACAUCCAGAACAGGUUCAGAGUCAACAUCCAAACCUGACUGAAGUCACAGUUCCACCAUUGGACCUGGAAAUUACUGCACGCACAGCUUUAACUGAGCCACCAGAAGAGAAUGCUACCAUGAACAUCAACAUAUGUGAGCUCUGUACCUGCAAAGAUGAGACGCUGUCAUGUACUGGUUUCAGCCCAAAGCAGAGGCUCCGCAGAGUGCCUGUGCCAGAGCCCAACACCUACAAUGGCACCUUCACCAUCUUAAAUUUCCAAGGAAAUUCUAUUUCUUACAUUGAUGAAAAUAUAUGGAAGGCAUAUCGAUGGGCUGAGAAACUAAUUCUCAGUGAAAAUUCUUUGACCGAAUUACAUAAGGACUCUUUUGAAGGCCUGCUAUCCCUCCAGUAUUUAGAUUUAUCCUGCAAUAAAAUACAAUCUAUUGAAAGACGUACAUUUGAACCACUACCCUUUUUGCAGUUUAUAAAUCUUGGUUGCAAUUUGCUCACAGAACUGAGCUUUGGAACAUUUCAGGCCUGGCAUGGAAUGCAGUUUUUACACAAGUUAAUUCUCAAUCGUAAUCCUCUGACAACUGUUGAAGAUUCAUAUCUUUUUAAAUUGCCAGCAUUAAAAUAUUUAGACAUGGGAACGACACAGGUGACCCUUACAACAAUUGAGAGCAUCCUCAUGAUGACCCUUGAAUUGGAAAAACUGAUUUUGCCUAGCCGUAUGGCCUGCUGUCUCUGUCAAUUCAAAAAUAAUAUUGAGGUUGUCUGCAAGACAGUCAAGCUGCAUUGUGACAGUGAAUGUAUGACAAAUGCCACACAUUGUGAUGAAGAAGUAUCUAUAAGGAAUACAGAAGGCUCAUUCAUGAAGGUAUUGAAAGCCCGGAAGAAGAGCACCAGUACUGAGCUGACUAUUGAGCCAGAGAAGGCAUCCUCAGACAAAAAUAGUGUCAGUCUACACUCAGCCACAGGGGAUCUAUUUGAAAUUCAGCUAAACCAGCAACUACGGUCCCUUAUCCCCAAUAAUGAUGUGAGAAGGCUCAUUUCUCAUGUUAUCCGGACUUUGAAAAUGGACUGCUCCGAGACCCACGUGCAACUAGCCUGUGCCAAGCUCAUCUCCAGAACAGGCCUCCUGAUGAAGCUUCUCAGUGAGCAACAAGAAGUAAAGGUGUCCAAAGCAGAGUGGGAUACGGACCAAUGGAAGACUGAGAACUAUAUCAAUGAGAGCACAGAAGUCCAGAGUGAACAGAAAGGGCAGGAGUCCAGUGAGCUCACAAAAGAAGUUCCAGGUUAUGGCUAUAACAACAAACUCAUCUUGGCAAUAUCUGUGACUGUAGUAGUGAUGAUUUUGAUUAUAGUUUUCUGUCUCAUUGAGAUUUAUUCUCAUAGAACAGCAUCAGAGGAAGGUAAAGAAGGAAACUCAAGGGGCUUCUUUCGGUCUCUGCUGCGGAAGAGAUGCUCAUCCGAAAAUGAGAAUCAGGUAAAUCUGAGCAGGAUAAAGCCCGUGGCUGCAGAGAGCAUGGGAAACGCAGAAUUAACAUCAUCCUUUCUGUUUUCUAGGAGGGCUUUUUCUGGAGAAGGCGGCCACUUUGGCUUCGGGACAUGUACAGACCUCUCAAUGCCACACGCAAGAAAAACAUGGCACAGAAGUUACACGACAAGGAUUCUUCUGAUGAGGAUGAGAUUUUCAACAAGGAACCAGGAGAGAAAAGUGAAGCCCCAGCAGAGAAGGCUCAGGCCACAGAUUCGACUGCUGAAGAGCUGGGUGAGGAGAGCGAGACCGCCGCAGAGACCGUCACGGAGUGAGCCCAUCCUGCCUCAGGCCACCUACAGAGUUUAUUUUCUGAUAUUGGCUUCUCAGCGUUGCUUGUAAAAUACUUAUUUUUCUCAUAUUAAAAUGUAUAAGUUCAUAACCAAUUCUAGCCACGUGGUAAGGAAUUAAAAUGGAACCAGUUAAACAUGUAUUAUUGAGACAACAGGGGCCACGGGCACAAGGAGCAGGACUGAAGCUAGAAUCCCUCGUGGGCGCCAGCGUCCUGCCUGAGGAGCAGCGCGGGCAAAGGAGGAUGAGUAGGGGUGUCUCUCCCUCAUUUCCCUGAUCAAAUUAGUCUCUGGAAACCGGAAAACAUAUCUUCAGGGGGUGUAGACUGGGUAAUUAAAUCAAUGAGCAGUUUAUUCUGGUGCUCUCUUUGCUGGCUCACCAAGUCUCAGUAAUUCACAACACACUUGACCUCUUGCCCAGAGAAGAUCAUCUAUUUCUGGCACCUCCCGUAAGGGCUUUGGCAUUGCCGGAAUAUUUGAAUCACUGAGCCUAGCUCCACGGCAGGCCUAAACCCUAACUUCCUUCCCAAGUGCGCAAUCUCGUGCACAAAAUGUGUGCCCUGUCUUGGCAAGUAGAGGGUUCUUCACCCUUUGAAGGGAGUAGAUAAUUCACAUUGGGGGUUUUUUGGUUUGUUCUCUUAAAAAA